UUCCCGUUCCGGGACCGCAGGCAGCCCUGCCCCUCCGUCGCGCGACUGCGGGCGCAGAGCCUUCCUGGGCCACCGCGCUCACCAGGCUCCUGUCUUUCUCUCAGCGGCUGCGAAGUCUCCAACCUGGCGGCCAAGGCAAGUGGGCCAUUUGAGUUGAAAGUUCCUCAGAAGAAGGCAGUCGCUGAGAGUGUGGUGCUGGCCUGACUCAAGAGAUCCUGAGAUGCCCUAGUGAUGAAGAGGCUCUAAAACAAUUUAAUCAUGUGGUUGUAAAUCAGAAGACUUUCCUUAUGUUUCUGCUGUUGAUGGCAAGAGGUGGAGAUGUCUGUGGCGGUGAUUACAGGAAAGGUCUGGGAAGACAAGUCGCUGUUUUUAUGGGAAUCGCAGGCUUGGAAGAGACAGAAGCAAUUUUGCAGAUUCCAGAAAAAUUAGAAAUUGAAGAUUUAAAGAAUGUUGUUUUAAAAUAUUCGGACUAACUUCAAAGAAUGACUCCAGAAACUUUAAAAGGGGCUGCGCAGAGUAGCGGGGGCCCUGGAGGGCUGCCCUGAAUCCUGAUUUCCCUUCUGCUGAAAGGACACAUGCAGCCAAAGAUGAAUUUGGGAAAAGUAACUGCUUGCUACUUUAACUAUGGAAAAGCAGGGCCCCAGUGAGAUGGAAAUAAUCCCGUCAGAGUCACACCCCCACAUUCAAUUAGUGAAAAGCAACCGGGAGCUUCUGGUCACUCACAUCCGAAACACCCAGUGUCUGGUGGACAACCUGCUGAAGAAUGACUACUUCUCGGCCGAAGACGCAGAGAUUGUGUGUGCCUGCCCAACCCCACCCGACAAGGUCCGCAAAAUUCUGGACCUGGUACAGAGCAAGGGCGAGGAGGUGUCCGAGUUCUUCCUCUACUUGCUCCAGCAACUCACAGACGCUUACGUGGACCUCAGGCCUUGGCUGCUGGAGAUCGGCUUCUCCCCUUCCCUGCUCAUUCAGAGCAAAGUCGUGGUCAACACUGACCCAGUGAGCAGGUACACCCAGCAGCUGCGACACCACCUGGGCCGUGAUUCCAAGUUCAUGCUGUGCUAUGCCCAGAAGGAGGAGCUGCUGCUGGAGGAGACCUACAUGGACACCAUCAUGGAGCUGGUCGGCUUCAGCAAUGAGAGCCUGGGCAGCCUGAGCAGCCUGGCCUGCCUCCUGGACCACACCACCGGUGUUCUCAAUGAGCAGGGCGAGACCAUCUUUGUCCUGGGCGAUGCUGGGGUGGGCAAGUCCAUGCUGCUGCAGCGGCUGCAGAGCCUCUGGGCCACGGGCCGGCUAAACGCAGGGGUCAAAUUCUUCUUCCACUUUCGCUGCCGCAUGUUCACCUGUUUCAGGGAAAGUGACAGGCUGUGUCUGCAGGACCUACUCUUCAAGCACUACUGCUACCCGGAGCAGGACCCCGAGGAGGUGUUCGCCUUCCUGCUGCGCUUCCCCCAGGUGGCCCUCUUCACCUUUGAUGGCCUGGAUGAGCUGCACUCGGACUUGGACCUGAGCCGUGUGCCUGACAUCUCCUGUCCCUGGGAGCCUGCCCACCCUCUGGUCCUACUGGCCAACCUGCUCAGCGGGAAGCUGCUCAAGGGAGCUAGCAAGCUGCUAACAGCCCGCACAGGUGUCGAGGUCCCGCGCCAAUUACUGCGGAAGAAGGUGCUUCUCCGGGGCUUCUCCCCCAGCCACCUGCGCGCCUACGCCAAGAGGAUGUUCCCGGAGCGGGCUGUGCGAGACCGCCUGCUGAGCCAGCUGGAGGCCAACCCCAACCUCUGCAGCCUGUGCACCGUGCCCCUCUUCUGCUGGAUCAUCUUCCGGUGCUUCCAGCACUUCCACGCCGCCUUCGAAGGCUCACCGCAGCUGCCCAACUGCACGAUGACCCUGACUGACGUCUUCCUGCUGGUCACCGAAGUCCACUUAAACAGGAUGCAGCCCAGCAGCUUGGUGCAGCGGAACACACGCAGCCCGGUGGAGACCUUCUGCGCCAGCCGGGACACACUGUGCUCACUGGGGCAGGUGGCCCACUGGGGCAUGGACAGGAGCCUCUUUGUCUUCACCCAGGAGGAGGUGCAGGCCUCCGGGCUGCAGGAGGGAGACAGGCAGCUGGGCUUCCUGCGGGCCUUGCCGGAGCUCGGCCCCGGUGGGGAACAGCAGUCCUACGAGUUUUUGCACCUCACCCUCCAGGCCUUCUUUACGGCCUUCUUCCUUGUGCUGGAUGACAGGGUGGGCACUCGGGAGCUGCUCAGGUUCUUCCAGGAGUGGAUGCCCUCUCGGGGGGCAGUGGCUGCGUCCUGCUAUCCUCCCUUCCUCCGGUUCCAGUGCCUGCAGGGCAGCCGCCUGGUGAGGGAAGACCUCUUUAAGAACAAAGAUCACUUCCAGUUCACCAACCUCUUCCUGUGCGGGCUGUUGUCCAAAGCCAAACAGAAACUCCUGCGGUACCUGGUGCCCGCGGCAGCCCUGAGGAGGAAGCGCAAGGCCCUGUGGGCACACCUGUUCUCCAGCUUGCGGGGCUACCUCAAGAACCUGCCCCGAGUUCAGGUCGAAAGCUUCAACCAGGUGCAGGCCAUGCCCACAUUCAUCUGGAUGCUGCGCUGCAUCUACGAGACGCAGAGCCAGAAGGUGGGGCAGCUGGCAGCCAGGGGCAUCUGCGCCAACUACCUCAAGCUGACCUACUGCAACGCCUGCUCGGCUGACUGCAGCGCCCUCUCCUUCGUCCUGAACCACUUCCCCAAGCGCCUGGCCUUAGACCUGGACAACAACAAUCUCAACGACUACGGCGUGCAGGAGCUGCGGCCCUGCUUCAGCCGCCUCACCGUUAUCAGACUCAGCGUAAACCAGAUCACUGAUGGUGGGGUAAAGGUUCUAAGCGAAGAGCUGACCAAAUACAAAAUUGUGACAUUUUUGGGUUUAUACAACAACCAGAUCACCGAUGUCGGAGCCAGGUACAUCACCAAGAUCCUGGAUGAAUGCAAAAGCCUCACUCACCUUAAACUGGGAAAAAACAAAAUCACAAGUGAAGGAGGGAAGUGUCUCGCCCUGGCUGUGAAGAACAGCAAAUCAAUCUCUGAUCUUGGGAUGUGGGGCAAUCAAGUUGGGGAUGAAGGGGCAAAAGCCUUCGCAGAGGCUCUGCGGAACCACCCCAGCUUGACCACCUUGAGGCUGGAGUCCAAUGGCGUGAUAUCAGCUCACCACAACCUCCACCUCCCGGGUUCAAGCGAUUCUCCUGCCUCAGCCUCCUGAGUAGCUGGGAUUACAGGCAUGCAGUACCACUCCUGGCUAAUUUUGUAUUUUUAUUAGAGAUGGGGUUUCUCCAUGUUGGUCUGGGUGGUCUUGAACUUCCGACCUCAGGUGAUCCACCCAGCUCAGCCUCCCAAUGUGCUGGGAUUACAAAUGUGAGCCAGCCAGUAGAAUGAUUUAUAAUCCUUUGGAUAUAUACCCAGUCAUGGGAUUGCUGGGUCCAAUGUUAUUUCUGGUUCUAGAUCCUUGAGGAAUCACCUUAAGUGUUCAGCUCAGUGAAUUCUGCAUGGGUCCCACACCAGCCAGCCACCACCCUCCUCAAGACAGAGGACAUUUCCAGCCCCUCAGCCAUCCCUGCAUGCCCCUUGGGGUAGGGGGAGGGUUUCCUAUGUGCAGAUAAAAUUUAGUAAGAUGCUGGCCAGCAGGUUCCUUCCCCUUCCUUGUCUUCAGGACGAUGUUAGAAAAGAGGGACUCUUCCUCUCUAUAAACAGGGAUGCUCCUACCCAGUCCCCGCUUAGGCCGCUGGCCAAAUCUUGGGGCCUUGGUGUGUUCUGAUGCUGUCCUUUCUGCCACUGAAAAAGAGUCCCAGAAGGUGGGGGCAGUAGCAGAAGAGACUUCGUCAGUUCUUGCAGAUGGGGUACUUGAUGGGGGCCAGCCUUUGGACGCACAGCUCACCAGGCCACCCCAGCUUCCAGCCCAUGUACGGAAACCUGAGACACCUACCUCAGCCCACUGCUGUGUGAGCAGGCCGUGCUGAUGGCCCAUUUCCCAUUUGGCCUGCCCUUGUGCUCUCUGUGGGCUCUGGGGAAGCAACACCUGAGUACCGCUAUAGCUGAGCAGUUCUACAACCUGACUCAAGUGAGCCUGGGCGGGGCCAUGGCCAGGCGGAGGCUUCCCAGCUGUUCUGAGGUUGAAGCCAAGAUUAAAUGUAGAUGUGUCUGUAAUAAUUCACCCCAACUCUGUUGC